AGACAUGUCAUGUUUCAUAAAUUAAUAUUGAAUAAUUUUACUUCCUUUCUUCUAUUCAAAUUAUACACUUUACGUAACGUGAAUUCUUGUUAUACGAUAACGGAGAAUCAGAUUCGAGUCGUCUGGGCAACGAACAGCAUUAUUAGGUCGAUACAAUGUUUCACGUGGGCACCCUUUCUCAUUUACGAAAACAUGUCCGAACAUAUGAGUGUAUCCGCCACCGAGAACAAGCUAAACGAGCUCAAUAAAAAGAUCGUCGAAAUCAAGAAGAAAAUCCAGUUGUCAGAGGGCCAAAGAAAAGCUAAUUUUGAAGAGUACGAUGCAAAGAAACGUGAAAACGCGCAAAAAAUUUCUGAUCUCAAGAAGAAGGUUAAAGAGCUUUACAUGAAAUAUGCAGAAGCGAAAAAUAAUAAGGAAGCGAUGGAACGCGCAGCUCUACUCAGUCGCGAUUCUAUAUCUUGCGCAAAUAAAUGCAAUUUGGAGGAGAUUAUAGUCACGGCAAGUGAGAACAACGUGCGUCUAAGGAAAAAACUAGAUAUACUCAAGUAUGAAAAGGAAAAGGUAGGUAUGAUAUUGCUUGUCUCGAGAUGUGACAUACGCGGUCAUUGCGUAUUCAAAAAGAAGACGGAAAAUCCUUUGAAAAAGAAAAUCGAGAGUUUGGAAGUGAAGCUGGAGCAUAUCCGAAUGAUGCAGAUUAAAGCAAAUAUUUCGCGUAUGAAAUACCGUUCUGUCUGCUCCGAAUUAAAAGAGAAAUCAGUCUUUUAUGCUUCCUCUUUGAAAGAUUUGGAAGAUGGCAUAAGGCAACAGGAAAACGAGAUUAAGCGCUUACAGGGAGUAAAGGAGGAAGCUAUAGAAUUGAAAGAUAGCACUCAAGAGACCCUGGUGAAAGAGGAAAUCGAUGAGACAAAUUCCAGCAAAAAACGCGAUUUCAUCAUCAAGGAAUACAGACAGCGCGUGUCGGAACGAAAGAUAGAAUUAGAGCGGUUGGAACGUAUGAUAUUCUAUACUCGUCCGCGGGACGAUUUCGAAACACGUGGGAAAAGUCGCGUACAGGUACAAGAGGACAUGAUCAAGGACGACCUGACGCGACUGGAGGAGGCGUUCGCUAAGCUGCGAAACGCCACCGGAGUGUCCAGGUCCGAAGAAGUUUUGAACCGGUUUCUGGGUCAGCAAGCGACCAAAGAGAGUCUACAGAAAAUGCGAACAGCCACGGAGCAGGAGAAGACAGUGUUGGAAAAGAGGAGGCAGGAACUCAAUGCUGAAAUAGAGACGAGGAAAUUUUCGGAAACGAAGAGCGCCGAACAAAACGCGGAAGUAGUAGCAAAACUCAACUCUCAAAUCGAUGAACAACGAUCUCGUAGAGAAAGAGCCGGGAGUGCAAGUCAACGAAUCCGCGAGCUGUUAAACGAAGUAACUGGUAUACUGCGUAAGCUGUGUGAGAAGUUUCAGCAUGUUACAGAUACUCCUUUACUUGAGAAUAUUGAAAUGGAUGAUACUUUAGUUAUUAUUGAAUUGUUAACUAAUAAAGUUAAACAAGGAAUGGAAGUUUUAAGCGCAUCCGACAAAUAUUUAGAAACGAUGGACGAAGCUUUGCCAGAGAAGAUAGAAACAAUGUCGAUCGCUACAACUUCGGUAGAAGGCAGAACAAUGCGUGUAAACAGCGACGGGCCAUUGUUUCCAAGAUUUCUAUCCUGUGCGACUCCGGCUGCUCCCCUUUCGGAGGACGAGGACGAAGUACCAUCCCGAAAUACAUUGAAAAGACAAGCACAGUUGCUCGUCGAUACCAAAAGCCGUCGUAAAGGAUUUGUUUUUAGGAGAUGAAUGGUUUAAACAUAAAAACAAUAUCAGCUAUUAUAAUAAAUAGCGCUUUAUACUUUAAUCUUUACUUUUUCAGAUAAUAAAAUCAGAUAAUAAAAA